AUGGUGUUCCUGGACCUACAGAUCCGUACAGCGGCUGGGCCAGUCAAUGUCCAUAAUGUCAAGUGCUAUGUGUUGGAAGAAGGUGAUGACCAGUUCAUGCUGGGCAGAGAUGUUCUGGAGGCAUUGGGAAUCAAUGUCAAGUCAGCUUUAAAACAUUUGGCCAACACAAGCAUUGAAUUGAAUCGUGAUGACCUGCCAAACGAACCAAAAGUUGGUGAUCUAAUUGAUGAAAAAGUGAAUGUGGAACUCAAGUGGAUGUGUGACGAAAUUACGGUUCAGACCAGUGACGAGACUCAACGCGAUUUCAACGCGAAACUCCUCGAUAUCCACAAUUCAUGCAAGCGGCUAUGGAGAACUAAAGUUGGUCCAGACGAACCAGCACUUGUGUAA